AUGGCGGACUCUACGGACAUCUGGUCUGUUGAGUCCAACGAUGCUGUUCAUAUCUCGCUGGUCACACCGAACAAGACGCUACAUACGUUCCACCCGAAAUUUACAUACUCGAUAUUCGGAGAAGAGGAGAGCAUAUUUGGAUAUCAAGGAUUGAAAAUCAACGUCAAAUACCAUGCUUCUGAUAUGCGCCCGCUGCUGCAAAUCACAUACAACAAAAAAUUUCCUGCUGUCGGCACCACAGAACCGACUGAUCUGAAACCGAUUUUGGAGGCAUACCUUCCCAAAACUGCAUUCGAAAAACAAUCUAUCUUUGAGGCUGCCAUUUCAGACACAUCGAAUUCGAAUUGGACGCCACCGGGCGAACUGUGGAAGACCAUCCAGAGUGGAUCGAAGACAUUUGAGGUCUGGAAGGGUAGUUUGGCAGAUCUGGCAGUUCAGCAGAUGCUGAAACGGAUACAAAUCUUGGUAUCAUUCUUUAUCGAAGCCGGAACGCCAUUAGACUUACGAGAGACCGAGGAAGCGCUGAAAAGAUGGACGGUGUUUUUCCUGUACCAGAAAACGACGGAAGCAACAGCGGGUACUAGUUCACCUUACACAUUUAUGGGAUAUUCGACAGUGUAUAGAUACUUCAUGUACCAGCCUCCUACUCCACCGGUAUCACCCGCGACCACCAAAAAGGAACCAGUCCAGUCCGCGAGCCGGGAUGAUUUCAAAUUUCCAGCACCAGAAGAUAAUGCGCCAGAAUUACAAUUUUCGUCGCACCCAUGCCGCUCGAGGAUAUCUCAGUUUGUCAUAUUACCACCAUUUCAGAAGGGAGGGAAUGGCUCAAGAUUUUACAAUGCGAUAUUCGAUAAUUUUCUGGCCGACCCAAAAACCAUCGAAAUAACGGUCGAGGAUCCCAAUGAAGCUUUUGAUGACUUGAGAGAUCUUAAUGAUCUGGCUCGUCUGCGUCUGAAUCCGACAUUUGCUGCUCUACGAAUCAACACAAAGGUCUCGCUAAAAGCGAAAGGCCCAGUUCCUCGAGACAUCAUCGACACAGAAGCACUUGAAAAGAUACGGACAAAAUUCAAGAUCGCACCCCGACAAUUCGCUCGUGUUGUAGAGAUGCAAUUGCUUUCUUUAAUCCCAUUAGGUGUAAGGCAAUCGCUAAUUGAACACUCAAGGAAGUCUAUUCCCAACCUAUCAGCCAAAGAGCACGAAUACCAUCUGUGGAUUCUCAUGGUCAAGAAGCGCUUGUAUAAACACAACAAGGAUAUGCUCAUUCAGCUCGACCGCACAGAUAGAAUUCAAAAGCUGGAGGAAGUAACAGGAGGUGUUGAAGCCGAUUAUGCAAGACUGCUCAGAGACUUUGACAAGCGAAUAAAAGGUCCUGCUGUUGCCGCACCGCUGGUAAUUUCAAACGGGAAGAGAAAUCCCCCGGAUGAGGUUGAGGAAGUAGGAGAGCCGUCCGCGAAGAAGGUCAAAUUCUCUUGA